UCUGAUUUCUCCGGUUUAACUACUUAAUAUAUGUUCAGGUACUUCCUUCAGGGCUUCACGCAGCCCGCAAGAAGCACAAAUAAAUGGCGCCUCCUGAGCACGAGUGUCGAGAAACCAAGGCGGAUCUCGCCGCCGCGUCGCCGGGCGAUAAAAACCGUAUCUUGACCAUCGUCUUCGUCAUUGCUAUGAAUAAGGAGGCGCAACCUCUCGUGGACAGGUUCCAACUCGUCGAGGAUGUCGAUUCCAUGUUCCCAAAGGGAGUACCUUGGGUGCGUUACUAUGGAAACUAUAAAGAUCUGAAUAUUAGUGUAGUCUGCCCUGGAAAAGACCCCAUUCUGGGGGUAGACUGUGUAGGCACCGUUUCUGCAUCUCUUGUGACAUAUGCUUCUAUCCAAGCAUUACAGCCUGACCUAAUAAUAAAUGCUGGAACAGCAGGCGGAUUUAAGGCAAAAGGUGCUUCCAUAGGAGAUGUGUUUAUUGUCUCAGACGCUGCAUUCCAUGACAGAAGAAUACCCAUCCCGGUAUUUGAUUUAUAUGGAGUUGGAUUGCGUCAGGCUUUCCAGACACCCAAUCUUGUGAAGGAGUUAAAUAUGAAGGUUGGUAAGUUGUCUACUGGUGAUUCUCUAGAUAUGGCACCUGCUGAUGAAUCAUCCAUCAUUAUGAAUGGGGCGUCCCUUAAAGACAUGGAGGGAGCUGCCAUUGCUUAUGUUGCAGAUCUUAUGAAAGUGCCUGCAAUUUAUCUAAAAGCUGUGACUGAUAUAGUGGAUGGUGAUAAACCGACAUCCGAAGAGUAUCUGGAAAAUUUAACUGCAGUAACUGCUGCACUCGCUGAAGCAGCCAUUCGAGUUGUUGAUUACAUCAAUGGCAAAUUUCUCUCUCAACUUUGAUUCUGCAGAUGCUCACUUAAUUUGCUGUCUCUGGCAUAGAGUUCGUAUAUUGUACACCCGCGUGUACGUUAUAACAACUAAAAGGAUAGACUGAAGAAAAAACUGGGAGCAGUUGUAAGAUAACUCGAUCGGAGCCCGGAGGAAUAUUAUUCCAAUGUGGAGUGUGGACCUCCAUUCGACCGUUACAUUAGAAGCAGAAGUAGAGGACCUCCUUCGUCACCAUAUUCGUUGACACCAAAAGCAGGAUGUUCUUCCAUUCUCUUUCCACGAGAGAGAUGAUUUGAAGCAGCGAAGGUGCCCACCAUAUUUUCGGCCGCCGCCUUAAUUCAAUAGUGAGAUGAAAGUGCCAGCAACACCUCCCUUUCCGUGUCGAUUCAACUACUAUUGCGGUUAAAGAUGAAAUGUGAAGAGGAAGAUGAACGAUUCUUCCAUGUCUUCUCCAUAGAUGGAGAGUGAAGAUGAUAUGAGGAUGAACAAAGUCGAUUCAGAUUCGGGUUUUUUACCAAUUUAGAAAGUUGUAGGUAACCCGGAUCAAUGACGGAAGACCACAUAUGAAUUUUGAGACAUUUAGAAUUACGAUGUAUUUCAGAUUAAUAAUAGAAGAACGUGAAUAGAUGGUAUUAUUCAUGUGAACCUUUUCAUUUAUAAUAUCAUAUCAUACUGUGCUCGCCCGCGCUCAUGGCGCGGCGCUUCUCAAAAGCAAGGCGCAGCUUUGGC